CUGUGCCUGACGCUUUGCUGUCAGUGCUGCAAGCGCAAGGCUGUGUAGCAGUGAGCGCUAAGCAUCUUAGCCCCGCCCGGUACCUCGGAGGAACUCUUGCCCGAGCCUUCCCCCGCUGCCUGUAUAUCCCGACCAUCCCUCGACGGUGAUGGUGGGGAAGGUAUAAGAAUCCGGAUCCCUCGAUCACCGCUCAUUUGAGCCACACUGGUCCAACACAAACACUCAGUGAUCCGCAACAGUCUGGUCAGUACGGGCUACCAUCACAAGAAGCAAUAUCGCCAUCUACCUCGCAUCUUCUCUUUACUUUGCAAGCCCGCCUCCAAUUGACCACGGACGACCCCGUGACCAUCCACGCAACGACCAAGAUGAAGCAGCUGACCAACCUAGCUGCUCUCAUUGUCCUCUUUGCGUCACUCACGCCCGUUCGAGGCGUCUCUUUCCAACAGGAUCUAUCGUCCUGCAGAGAAGUGUACUCCUACAUCGAUGCCAAUCCAGUCGAGCUCAACACUACUAGCGGUUUUCGUCUGCAGAUCACGGACAAGAGGUGGGCAGGAGGUCCGAUUCUCGUGGAGCGCAACUUCACAUGGCCUCCUCAGCCAUCAGCAGAUCAAACGCUUAACCUCAACAGGUCCACCUUCCCAACGCCUGCGUGGGCACGCACAACCGGCGAGCUUGUGCCUCGCAUCAGCUCCGACAAUACCCUAGUCCAGCUUCUUCGUUUCAAUUUAACACCAUAUUGGAACUCGACUGGAUGGCGAGUACCUGGAGGGCAAGGUUACUUGACCGCUCAGUUGCAACUGGACCUGCUUGACGUCAAUAAUACGCAGCUUGCUUACUAUCCCAACACGCAGCAGAGAAUCUCAGCCGUGGACACGGGCUUCUUCUACUGUCGCGGCCUUGGCGCCGCAGCUGAAAAGGAUGACGAUGGCGACAGCGGUGGCUCAGAGCUGAGACCAGGUUUCAAAGCGAUCAUCGCCGUUGGCUCGGCGAUCGGAUUCGCCAUCUUGCUCUGCAUCAUCGUCCGCAUCAGAAAUAACAUCAAGAAUCGUCAAACUCUUGAGGAAUUGUCGAGAAAAGAUUUGGAGAAGCAGUCGGCUGUCGAUCGCUUCAGAACUACUCCGACCGUUUGGCACGAGACGCCCGUGACGCUGGAUCCGAGACCUUCGCCUCUGCACAGUCAAGGAUUGGCAAGGGGACCUCCAGCCACCGCUGCUCCAACCGCUCCUCUUCCAACGAGGACGAAUGAUUGGAGAAGCGGGGGAAUGAUUCUGUAUGGGACACCCAGAGAAGCAGCAGCGGCAGCAGUACGCGCCUCUUCUUCGGCCCGCACUGGAGCUCAGGUCGCCGGCAAUGCGAGCAGCAACCCCAGCACCGAUGCAGCAAACCCAAGCGCGAUGCCACCCGGUUCGCUGGAUCAAGAUUUCGACCAGCUCGCUCUUUUCGUACGACGUGCCGAAGAGCAGCGCAACGCUGAAAGGCUGUUGGAUGCCGACGCUCGUCGGAUCGUUCGAGCGCCCAGCAGAGAAGGCGCGCCCGAUGCUGAAGGCAGACUCCCAGGAGAUGCGAUGAACGGAGAUAGCAACCCUCCUCCUGCGUACACUGCUUCUCCUCAGCUCGACCAGAAUGCAGACCGCGACAACGCUUCUCGACCUUCCUGAGCGGGGUGAGGGCGGCCCCACGCCCCCUCCCCUGAGCCUUGACGGAAACACACAUCCUCAGCGCUGCCACGCCCUCGCACCAAUGUGACCAUACACACCAAGAUGCUGUAUUGAUACCUGAUGAGUUGCGGUCCUCAAU